AUGACUAGGAAGGUCCGCUUCUCAGACAGGCCCAUGGUACACCACCUCCCAGCGGUACCCCCUCUCUCGCAUUCACCACCCUCCCCUGCCUCCUCCGGGAGCCUGCCUACACCCCCGAACCUUCCAUACACCCUCCCUGGGUCCACGCCGUACCCUUUCGUGCUCCCUCCUAAGCCCGCUAAGCCGCUCCGUCGCCGGUUUCAGCUCCAUGUUGCCCUCGCGGGCCCUCAGCCUAGCAUUCGUUACGAUUGCAGCUAUCCGCCGCCGCACCUAUCCAUCUUGAAUCGUCAUGUCCCACCGCAUUAUGUCUCUGAGCCUGCGACGUACCCACCCACAACGUCCAUGACGAUCUCAUCGCCAUACUUACCUUGGACUUUGCGCGUUACACCUCGCCACGGUGUGAUCAGCGUCUCAGAUGUCCUGCAUGGCAUCUAUGUGGGUCUUCGCACGGCUAUCUACCCUCAAGACUUCAACAGGAUGAGUCGUGGCAAUCAGAAGAGGGUGAGGAAGGCGUACGAGAACAGAUACCGCCGUAUGAGGAGCUCGGGCGAUGCUGCAUUAGAGAAAGCUCAGGGAGUCAAGAGAGUGGACUUCCUGAUGGGACACACUGUAUUCAUGGGACUGGUCCCGACCAGCGAUCCUAUUCACUGGGUUAUGAUCACGUCAAAAUGA